AUGAUUAAUCUCUAGAGCUAUUAGAAUCAAUAUUAGUAUUUAAUCCUGAUAACAUUCGUAUAACAUUUGAAAGAUUCUAAGUAUCAAAACACUCUUACUUAGGACUUAGCUUAAUUAGAUUCCGACUAACAAAUUAAAUACAUGGACUAUUUGUUGAUAAGAUUUCCACAAUUGAUAUUUCUAUUUUGGAUUAAAGGCUUUAUUUUAAUGAAUGAGAAAAAAUAUGAUGAAGCUUUACUAACUUUUAGUGCAGCUUUAUCUAGGGAUCCGUAUAAUUUUUGGAUUGCAUCCUUUAAAGCCAUUACCCUAUCUCAUUUGAAAAAAUAUUAAGAAGCCAUUGAUCUCUUACACUCAGUACUUGAUAUAUCCCCAGAGAACAUAAAAAUUUAAAAACUCAUAGGUCUAAUUCUUUAAAAAUUUUAGAUGAAAUCUUAAUCGAUGAAUAAGUUGAAUCAAAUGAUGAAGCAGAAGUUCAAAAAAAUAUCCAAUCUGAUUGAGUAAUGA